AUGGCUAACCGAUUGCAGCAUAUUUUGCCCCAUAUUCUUGACGAAUCCCAAAGUGCUUUCGUCAAAGGUCGUCUUAUUAAUACUGAUAAUGUGAUUGUGGCAGUUGAGAUGUUUCAUUGGCUGGACCAUCGAAAGGAGAAUCAAGACAAGUACCUAGCCUUGAAGUUUGACAUGAGUAAAGCAUAUGACAGAGCAGAAUGGAAUUUUCUGGAGCAUAUGCUUAAUGCUACGGGUUUCCCAAGGAAAUGGAGCAGACUGGUAAUGGAUUGUGUGAGGAAAAUGGAAAGACAGGGCCUUUGGAACGGAAUAAGAUUGGGUAAUGGAGGCCCUUUGAUUUCCCAUCUUUUAUUUGCUGACGACAGCUUGUUCUUUGUCAAAGCUGAUGAACAAGGUAUUCAAGCAAUUAUGGAAGCCCUUAAAACUUAUGAAAGGGCAUCGGGGCAGAAGGUGAAUCUUGGUAAAUCGCGACUCUAUUGUGGCAAGAACGUAUCAGAAGAAAUUCUGUGUGACAAAUUAGGAGUACAAGUUGAUGAUGGGAAAGGCGCAUACUUAGGAAUGUCGUAUAUGAUUGGCAGAUCAAAAAAUGAAGUCUUUGCGUUUGUCAAAAAUAGAAUAUGGGGUAAACUCAAAGGCUGGAAGGAGAAAAUCUUAUCACGAGUUGAAAAAGAAGUGCUAAUCAAAUCGGUGGUUCAAGCUAUUCCAACGUACAUGAUGUCUUGUUUCUGACUCAUCACAUCGCUCAUAAGGAGUUUCUGGCGGGGCCAAACGGGUGAGGAGAAGAAAAUAUGCUGGUUAAAAUGGGAAAUUUCAUGCAAACCAAAGGCAGAGGGUGGCAUGGGUUUCAGGGAUAUGGAAUCUUUCAAUCUAGCACUCUUAGCAAAGCAGGGAUGGAGAUUAAUCAAAAAUCCAGAUUCUUUGGCAGCAAGAGUUCUAAAGGCAAAGUACUUUGCUAAAAUCGUGUUUCUCUCAGCUGAGAUUGGGUCAAAUUCUUCCUACUUAUGGAAAAGCAUCUUGGAGGGAAGGAAGCCGCUUAAUAAUUUGAUGGAAUAUUUGAUGUUAAAUUAGCAUAUCAUUUGGCAAGAAACUCUAAAAAUCUGGGAAAAGGUGAAGAGGGAUUAUCAUCGAGUGGCAAGGAAAAGAACUUUGGGAAUGGAUUAUGGCAUCUAAACAUUCCUCCAAAAGUCAGUGUGUUCAUGUGGAGGGCAUGCUCAGGUAUUUUACCCACUGGGCAUAAUUUAAAUGCUAGAAUAAGAUGUGAAAAUAAAAAUUGCAGAUGCUGUGGGUGUGAAAUGGAAACUGAUAAACACAUAUAUUUUUUUGAGUGUGAGUUUGCCCAAGAAGUGUGGAAAGGACUUCACAAACGGAAGUAGUUGGAGAACUCUUUUGCCCCUAAUUUCAAGGAAUGGUUUGGUUGGCUUAUGAAUUCACAAGGAAAACAAGAAGCAGAGUUAGCAGCAGUAAUUACUUGGCUAAUUUGGAGAUGCAGAAAUGAGAGGAUUUUUGAAGGAAAAGUAAGGGAUGCAUGCGCUCAGAGUUGGUGAAUAUGCAGUAGAUUUCUUGCAGGAGUACUGAAAUAUACACUGCAAAGCUGAGUUACCAAAGACUGAUAAUCUGACCAAGUGGGUAGCUCCAGAAGAAGGUAUUUUAAAAAUAAAUGUUGAUGGAGCCUUCUCUGAUGCUGGGGCUGGAAUUGGAGUUGUGGUGGUGAGAGACCAUCAGGGACAAGUGGAAGCUUUAAUGGCUGCAAAGAGUUUCUGAGGCCCUUAAUGCAGAGCUGCGCAUGUGGAAUGCUUGGCUUUUCUUAAAGCUUUACAGUUUGCCAAAGAUUUUGGUAUUUCUCACCUCAUUCUAGAAGGGGAUGCCUUGGGCAUUGUCCAGAGAAUCAAUAGUACGAGUCUUGACUUAUCGGUGUUAGGUAACUUGAUUAGAGGCAUUAGAGAUAUGCUGAAGGAUUUUUGUUACAAACGGGUUUCCUGCUCAUUUAUUAUUGUGUCAUUUGUCUCUGUCACUUGAGGGAAGUCACGUUUGGUUUGUAAAUUUUCCA